CCGACCCCGGACAUUCACCAGCCACCAUGGACAUCGCCAUCCACCACCCCUGGAUCCGCCGCCCCUUCUUUCCUUUCCACUCCCCCAGCCGCCUCUUUGACCAGUUCUUUGGAGAGCACCUGCUGGAGUCUGAUCUCUUCCCAACUUCUACAUCCCUGAGCCCUUUCUACCUUCGGCUGCCAUCAUUCCUGCGGCCACCCAGCUGGAUUGACACUGGGCUCUCAGAGAUGCGUCUGGAGAAGGACAGAUUCUCUGUCAGCCUGGAUGUGAAGCACUUCUCCCCAGAGGAACUCAAAGUCAAGGUGCUGGGAGAUGUGAUUGAGGUGCACGGCAAACAUGAAGAACGCCAGGAUGAACAUGGUUUCAUUUCCCGGGAGUUCCACAGAAAAUACCGGAUCCCAGCAGAUGUGGACCCUCUUGCAAUUACUUCAUCCCUGUCAUCUGAUGGGGUCCUCAGUGUGAAUGGACCAAGGAAACAGGCCUCUGGCCCUGAGCGCACCAUUCCCAUCACUCGUGAAGAGAGGCCUGCUGUUGCUGCAGCCCCCAAGAAGUAGAUGCCCUUUCUCUAACUGCAUUUUUUAAAACAGGAAAGUUUCCCCACCAAUGAAUAAAAAUCUUAAUGACUAGUGCUGAAGCUUAUUAAUGCUAAGGGCAGGCCCAAGUUAUUAAGCUAAUAAAAUAUCAUUCAGCAACAGAUAACUGAA